AUGCCUCACAACCCCUUCAUCUUUUCCCCCACGCAAUUCAUUCGCAUUUUUGUGAUCGUCAACAUCACGACCUACAUCACCGCCAAAGCCUACCUGAACGCUCAGUCGGCAGCCACUCAACCCCACUCCGCCACCGAGAACACCGCCUUUCAGAAGCCCGUCCCCUCGUCCUCGCCCACGACAAUGGCGCCCAAGAACAAAGGCGAAAACACCAAGAAAGCCGCGGGCAACGCGCGAAAAGCCGAAGCCGCGGCCUCGAAACAAGCACAAGCCGACCGUGCCACCGAAGAGCGCGAAUCCGAGAAAUGGAACCAAGGCGCCAAAGACUCCUCCAAGAAGCAAGCCGCCGCAGCGAAGGCGGCGGAACAGGCGGCCAAAAAGGCCGAGCGGGACGCCAUGUUGGCCGAGGAGGAGAAGAACCAGCCCAGCAAACCGAAGGGCGCGGGCAAGAAGACGGCCGAGAAGAAGAACGUGGGCCGGCCGCUGGAUUUGGGACAGCUGGAUGAUGGUGGACCCUCGAGCGCGGAGGGGAAGAUGAAGGCCAUCAGCGCCACGGGGAUUGAUAAUGCUCUGGACGCGCUGAGUCUGGCGACGGGUUCGGCGAACGACAUGAAGCUGGAUCGUCAUCCGGAGAGGAGGUAUGCGGCGGCGUACAAAGCGUACGAGGAGAGACGGUUACCCGAGGUGAAGACGGAGAAUCCAGGCCUGAGGAGAAACCAGCAGAUCGAGUUGAUUAGGAAGGAGUUUGAGAGGUCGGAGGAGAAUCCGUUCAACCAGCAGGGCAAUGUGCGGUACGAUGCCUCUAAAGAGGAGUUGGCCGAUGCGAGGAGACAGCACAGAGAGGGCAUCGAGAAGAGGCUCGGGGAGAAAUGA